UCAUCUCCUCCGUCACAAAUACUUGUGCAUAAUUAUUCCCGCCAGAAAGGGGGUUGGGCUUUGGAGGGAAGUUCAGUGAUUGGUUUGAAUCUUUAUAGACUCUAAACCAAUGGGUGACUGGCACUCUUGUUUAAAGACAGCAAGUGGAGCCACGAAAACUCAUUCUUCUGUUUUUAUUUGCGAAGCUUGUAGUAAAUUAUUUGGACUGAAAAUGAGUGGAAGAGGUAAAACCGGUGGCAAAGCAAGAGCCAAGGCUAAGACUCGCUCAUCCAGGGCAGGACUGCAGUUCCCUGUCGGCCGUGUUCACAGGCUUCUCCGCAAAGGCAACUACGCCGAGCGCGUCGGUGCUGGUGCCCCUGUUUAUCUGGCGGCUGUGCUCGAGUAUCUUACCGCUGAGAUCCUGGAAUUGGCUGGAAAUGCCGCUCGGGACAACAAGAAGACCCGCAUCAUUCCCCGUCAUCUGCAGCUGGCGGUGCGUAACGACGAAGAGUUGAACAAACUUCUGGGCGGAGUGACCAUCGCUCAGGGCGGUGUGCUGCCCAACAUCCAGGCUGUGCUGCUGCCCAAGAAGACCGAGAAACCCGCCAAAUCCAAAUAAGGGGAUUCAGUCUGUUUUAUUGAUACCCAAAGGCUCUUUUAA